AUGUUAUCCUGUGUGCAGGGUAAGCUGCUGGUUCACCCGUGCCCUCCGUACGCUCUGGCCUGGGGCUUGAACAGUUUCUUGAUUGGUGGAUAUGAUCAGAGGAUUGUGGCGUACAGCAGAGAGGGGCACGUGCUGCAGACGUUUGACCACAGCCGUGACCAGAGUGAGAGGGAGUUCAGCGCAGCAGUGUCGAGCCCCAGCGGUCAGAGCGUGGUGUUUGGCAGCUACGACAGGCUGCGAGUGUUUAACUGGGCUCCGCGCAGAGGCAUGUGGGAUGAGGCCAAACCUAAAGAGAUCCCAAAUCUGUACACCAUCACCAGCCUGGCCUGGAAGAGGGAUGGCUCCAAGCUCUGCGCUGGGACUCUGUGUGGAGGAGUGGAGCUGUUCGACUGCUGUCUGAGGAGAACCAUCUAUAAAAAACAAGUUUGA